AUGGCUGAAGCAUAUUGCAAAGAGCAAGAAUCCAACGAGGAAUCAAACACUGCAUCGAUUUGUCCAGUAAAAUGCACGGACGAAAUUAUAUCGCCUUUGGAAGAGCUAGCUUAUGUUAAAUCUCAUCGAAUGCGGCGAGUUCGUUGGUCCGAAGAUUUAGAGGAAAUCCGUUACUUCAGUGUGAAGACAAAGAAAGAUAAAGAACGUAGCGAGUCAGAGAGUGAGCUGGCAAAUAACUCUGCAAUUUGCAACCGUCGUCGGUUAAGUGACCUGUCUAUUUCCUCUAUUGAAAAAUUCAAAGCUUGGUUAGAUGAUAAAGAUUUUAAAUCUGAUGUUGUAUUACUGGGUUUAAAGAUGAAGUCGGCGUUCAAAAGGGCGGACUUCUACGACACCGAAAGGGAUUGGGAUGAAGUUUUUGAUUCAGAUGCAAAAAAUGUUGCUCUUAGUGGUAUUGAAUAUAAACGUUGA